UACCACAGACACAAUCUAUCAAUGAAAUUUGUCAAGAUCGCCAGCUUGUUAUCAAAGGUCUCUCCUCGCAUCCGCACCCUGCCGCAAGCCGGCGUGGAGGGCACCGCUAGGCUACUGGUACACACGCUUGCUAAACGGAAGAACGGAAACGACAGCUAUACUCCACCGCAGCCUCCAGGACGCGGCGUGCAGUCUGAGUCUGGGAACAACCGCCAGAAUUACCGCAGCGCCAAGCCCCGGCCUGCACCGGAGGUGACUAGCAAGCCCGCUGCCAAGGCAGCCUCCAAUUCAAACCCUAGCCGGCUCUUAGCCAACAGGCUCAACAGCGCCGGCGCCGGUCUAAGCCGCGACGCGCAGAGAGCGGCUGCCAUGGCUGCUGCGUCAGCCUUGGGCCUGGGCCCGGUGUCUGCAUCCCCCCCAGCGAUGUCGCGUGAGGGCGAGGCAGCCCUGCUGCUAGUACAGAACAUGGUGGCGCUCGCAAAGCAGCUGCGACUGCCGGUGUCUUACAAGGUGCUGGAGCGGCAGCAGCAGCAGCAGCAGCAGGGGGAGGCGGCGCCCUGUGACGCGGCGGGGCAGCGGCGUGUGUUUGGGGUGGUGGUGCACGUGCACGGCGACCACGCCUUCAAGAAAUACCUGCAGAACUGCAGCUCGUCGGACCUGCUGCUGUACCGAGGCCUGCUGCUGCAGGUGGAGACCACUGCCGACAUGUCGGCCGUCACGGCGGCUCGGGUGCAGCAGGCCUUCCUGCCCAAGUUCGAGAACGAGGGGCAGGACGCGGCGGUAGCGGACGCAGUGGUCCAGGCCGCCUCCGGCACCGCCGGCACCGGCACCGGCACCGGCACCGGCGGCCGGCCUACGGUGGUGACCAUCAAGCACAGCGGCAGCCUGGUGACGCUGAGCUGGGAUGGCGGCUGGGCGGCCAAGAACUCGGUGGCAAAUGAGUUCACCGCGGGCGGCGCGGCGCUGCUACGCGCCCACUACGACCGCCGCCACCUGGGCAACCCGGCCGCCGCCGCCGCCGAGCUGCAGCGCCUGUUCGACGUGAUGCGGGAGCGCCGCCUGAGCCUGUCGUUCGAGAUGGUGACGUCCAGCCACGGCCACCACGGCCAGCUGCCCGCGGCCGAGUACCUGGUGGCCACGGCCGCGCACGGGCAGGACCCCGCCACCUCCGCCCCCGCCUUCAUGGGCUGGCUGCCCUUCCUGGAGCUGUGCGCCGAGGUGGGUCUGCCCGCCAACGACACGUGGCUGCUGGCUGGGCCGCACAUGGCCGCCGCCGCCCGCCAGGCGCUGGACGUGCUGGCGCUGCGCGGCGGGCCCACCCGUACGGCGCUGGACACCCUGAGGCAGCUGGUGGAGGAGGGGGCGCAGACGGAGCCCGGCUGCCUGCACCUGCCCGGUGCCUACCCGCACGACCAGUGGCAGGGCAGCCGCCUGGAGGGCUUCGUGGUGGCGGCGGGGCAGCCGCUGGGGGAGCAGGAGCUGCGGCGGCUGCGGGCUGUUCGGGACGCCAUGGCCUCCGCCGCGCUGCAGCUGCCGGCCGUGCCGCCCCACCUGCGCAGCCCCUACCAGGCCGCGAGGAGCCAGGCGCUGGCGGCGGAGGCGGAGGCAGCGGCGGAGAAGGGCGAGGCGGCGGAGAAGGGCGCGGAGCCGCUGGCGGCGCGGGUGAAGGCCCGGCUGCAGGUGGCGGCGGCGGGCUGGGUGCCGCAGAGCGCCGUGCCGUACGCUGCGGCCCCGGGGGAGGUCAAGUCGCGGCUGGAGGAGCUGCUGGGUAACCAGGCCAUCCCCAGCCUGGUGGACGCCGCGCAGCCCUACCUGGCGCUACCGGGCGGCGGGCGGCUGUUCGGCCGGCGGGCGCUGGGGCGGCUGGGCACAGCGCGGCUGCAGGCAUUGCUGGUGGCGGAGGCGGAGGCCGCAGCCGCCGCUGCUGGGGGUGCGGGCGGCGAGCGGGCGGAGGCCCUGCGGGAGGUGGCGGCGGCGGUGGCCAUGGCCGAGGACCGCACACCCGACCCCCUACUGGUUCGCGCCAUGCGGGCGCUGGCGGGCGGGCCCGAGGCCGCCGCCACACUGCGCUACAAGAAGAAGAUGCUCAUGUGGACAUGGCCGUCGCAGCAGCAGCAGCAGCAGCAGCAGCAGCAGCACAACGCCGCCUCCGCCCCUGCUACAGCCGCCGCCGCCGCUGACGCGGCUGCUACAGCCGGGGACGGUGUUGUUGGCUACAGCCUGAUGACGUUUGUGCUGCGCAACGGGCUUCCGGCGCUGCGCCAGGGCGCCGCCACCUACGCCGCCUACGUGGACAACCUCACGCGGCGGAGCUGGGGGCUGCCGGCGGGGCUGGCGGGGCAGGUGCAGCACUUUGCCCGCUGCUGGGCUGCCUGGGUGGGCGCCCGCGGCGGCGCCGAGGCGGUGGACAGCAGCUCCUACCUGGACGUGGCGGAGCCCUUCGUGGCAGAGUUCCUGAGGCGCCGCGGAGCCAUGGCCGUCAGCGGCCGGCCGCAGGACGCAUUCCAGGGUGUGCUCAUCUGUGUGGACACGCCCGAGCCCCUCACCGCCGCACUGCGCCGCGCGCUGGCGCCCACCGCCGAGCUGGCUCCGGGCCGCCUGGACGCCGGCGCCUGGAGCAAGGCGCUGGUGGCGGGCGGCGCACUGCUGUGGCUGCCGCCGGGUUCCGAGCCGCCCAAGCAGAUGCGCGCCUUCCUCGGCGCCGGCGCCGCGCCCUUCACCUGGGUGGUGGCGGCGGCGCCCGCGCGCAGCGGCGGCGGCGACGGCAGCAGCAGUCCCGACGCCAAGCGGCAGAAGGGCAUGGCGGAGAACAAGCUGCGCGCCGUGACGGCCGCCCUGGGCGCCGACGGCGCCGCCAGCCGCCUGCGCCAGGUGCUGCUGCCGGCCGCCGAGGACGACGUCGACGGCGCCGCCACCGCCCGCCUCGCGGCGGAGCUGGCGGCCUGGCUGGGCCGCGGCAGCCCCCUGCCGCCCGCAGACCCGGCGGUGGCGGCGUACUUCGUGACCAUCCCGGGCGCCGGCAAGAGCGCCAUCACCAAGUGGCUGGAGCAGCCGGAGGAGCGGGCGGCGCUGGAGGGCGCAGGCAAGGUCACGGUCAAGAUCCUCAACAGUGACACCAUGAAGCGCACCGUCAAGGGCUUCAACCCCAACCGAUACUGGCAGGAGGUGGCGGCCGCCACGGACGCCUGCCUGGGCGACGGCCACGUGUCGCUGGCGGUGGCGGACAAGAACCUGGUGCCGUCGCCGCCGGGCAACAUCGCCCGGGCGCUGGAGCCGCUGAGGGGGCUGCCGGGAGUGGCCACGCUGGCUCUGGUGCCGGUGGUGGCGGGCGCCUCCUCCGCCUCCGCCCCCGCCGCCGCCCACAUCUCCGCCGCCGCCGCCGACCUGUACGGCGGACUGCCCGACCUGCCCUUCCCGCUGGAGCUGGUGGCGCUGUGCAUGAUGAGGACGCUGCAGCGCAAGGGCCAUGAGGGCGGGCUGGACGCCUCCGCCCCCGCCGCCGCCACUGUGGUGGCCAUGUUCGCAGGCUUUUACAGGCACAAGACGCUGUCGGACCUGACCUCGGCCCUACGUGACAGCGGCCUCUUCACGCACGUGGCCGAGCUGCCCAUCAUGGCCGGAGACGGCGCGGCGGAGGCCGGCGGCGGUGGCGGCCGAGUGCCGCUGGACGUGCUGCAACACGUGGCCGCCGGCCUGCGAGACGUCAACGAGCGCAACAAGCCGCAGCUGCCGGUGGAGUGGGAGGCGCGCGCGCGGGAGCUGCUGCUGCGGCCGGACACGGUCGCGGCGCUGCAGGGGCUACAGCGCGGGAUGCCCGAGGUUCGCGCCGACAUGCAGCGCGCGCUUGAGGCCGCGAUCCGCGCCGCGCGGGAGGCCGCCGCAGCCGGCGGUGGCGACGCGGACGCCAGCGGCGCGCUGGUGCCGGCGCCGUCGCUUUCCUCGGACAUUGCCGACUUGGCGGUGGAGCCGGCGGCUGCAGCCGGCGGCGGCGCUACAGCUGCUGCUGCAGCCGCGACCUCGGCUCCGGCUGUGUUGGAUGAGGACCGGGUGGCCUACUUCAGUGUGGCGGGCCUGGAUGAGGAGGCGCUGCGGGCGGCGGCGCGGGCGGUGCUGCCGGAGCCGCUGCACAGCCGCCUGCGCCGCGGCGCACUGCACGUCACGCUGUGGCACAGGAACGACGUGAGCACGGGCGGCGCGCGGCCGGAGCUGCGGCGGGCGCUGAUGGAGCUGCUGGGCAGCCCCGUGGAGCUGGAGGUGGCGGCGGUGGACGUCAGCCCGGAGGUGGUUGCGGCUCAGGUGACGCUGCUGAGUGCGGACGAGGCAGUCACCGCCAAGGCCUACCACCACAUCACCCUGCUGGUGGAGAAGGGCCACACCGCGGCGGAGGCCAACCAGCUGCCGGCGCGUCUGGCGGCGGGCGAGGCGGGCGUGGAGCGGCGGCCGCUGCCGGGCGGCCCGCUGCAGCUGACGGGCGUCAUCACCGCAGUGACGGCGGACGAGUCGGCGGCGGCGGCGGCGGGCGGAGGCACGCCGGGCGGCAAGCGGCCCCCGGUUAUGUGAGCGUGUGUGAGGGGUGGCUGGGCAUGCUGCUGCGAGUUGCAGAGCGCAGGCCGCAGUGUUGCGGGUGCGGUGGAGGGGAAGAGGGGCGGGCGGGUCCUGGGGCGGGUCUGCACCGCAACACGGCGGCUGGCGGGGAGCGAGGCGGGCUAGAUGCAGGCGCGAGCGACAGCGGAGGCGGGGCCGCGGGGGUGCGAUUGAAGGCAUGCAGGGAACAUGUGGUUCUGUGCGGGCGUGUGGGCAGGCUGGUUAGCAUGGUGGGCAGCGUGCCCAAGUGGGCGGAUGCAUGGGCAGGGGAUGAGGCAGCCCUCAAAUGCUUGUGGGUGAUGUGACCCGGGACUGGUGUAGCACUUGGCGUGGCUGAAUGCUGCGGUGCGACGCAGUGUGUUUCAGGUGGGGCCCCACUGGUGAUCUGAAAGGAUGUUAUACGCGGACGCGGCAGGCCGGCAGGGCCUGAGGACGGUUCAGGCAGGUUGGCGAGGUCCCGUAGGGUGCAGCUGACGCCCAUACCCCAGCAGAUGGCAAACAAUUGCAGCGGCAGGGCAGUAAUGCAUGGCUGGUCGAACGCCGGAGUUACUGUACCGACAAGUUGCUGGCUGGCUGGAAGUUUGCUGAUGCGCAUUCCUUGCGCUCCGGGCGCCCGGCCAGGCGAUAGCACCACACAGACACACUGCAACGCCACACUGCGAUGCAGAGCCGCAGCGCACCAGGAAGAUGACCAGCGUCCACGGAUGAGCACCAGAGGCAAUCGCAGAGAAAAAGCAGACAGAAUGCAGCAAAACAAUGGCCGGGCGAUAGUGUGUGUGAUGGGACAGUGUUUAGGCAGGUUGGUGGAGUCCCCGGUCGAGUCCCUGGUCGCCCACACAUGUAACCCCAACACCCC